GGCCGCCGCAGCUUGACAGCCGCGCUCACCACAUCGCCUUUUGUGUUACCGCCCAGCCGGGAGGACCAGGGCGGCCAUGCCCAUGCUGCCCGCGGCGGCCUACGCGCGGGGCGCCCCGCCGGCCCUUCUGCCGGCGGCCGCCUGCGGCAGACCAGUAGCGCCGCAGGCGCUCCAGCUCCCCAGUGCGCCCGCCCCCCGGAUGCACAAGGCCGAGGAGAAGAAGCAGGCCCGCCGCGGGCGCGCGGCCGCGCGCCCGCUGGGCCGGGACUACGCGCUGGCGCCUCUGACGGAGCUGGGGCUGCUGGGCCGCGGCGCGUACGGCACCGUCCGCACCGCGCACCCGCUGGCGGGUGGGCCGCCCGUGGCGGUCAAGUGCAUCGCGAAGGACAGCGCGAGGGCGCGAGAGGUCGCCGUGCGAGAGGCCAUGCUCGUGGGGGGGAUGGGGGGCACAAUGCGACGCUUUUUCCCCAAGGACGAGUCGACCAUGCACCUAGUGAUGGAGCACAUCGACGGCUGCGAGCUCUUCGACGAGAUCGGCGGCGACGGGCUCUGCGACGAGCUCGCCGUCCGGGAGGUGAUGCGCCAGGUGCUGCAGGCGCUUGCGCACUGCCACUCCCGCGGCGUGGUGCACAGGGAUAUUAAGCCAGAGAACAUCAUGCUGGAGGGCCCGCUGGUGCCGGGCGGGCGGCCCACGGUCAAGCUCAUCGACUUCGGGCUGGCGUCCAGGGGCCGGGCGCGAGGAGGGCGGCCUGCGGAGCCGCUGCCAGGGACGGGCCCCUACCUGGCGCCCGAAGCGCGUGCCGGCUGCACCCCGGAGCCAAGCUCCGACCUCUGGAGCGCUGGCGUCGUGCUCCACGCGCUGCUCACCGGCGUGCUGCUGCCGGCCCAGGUCUCCUCCGGCAGGGAGCCGCUGGACCCAGGCUCCCGGGCGCUGGCCAGCGCCCCAGACGGCGCCAGGGACCUCCUGGCCAGCCUGCUGCAGGUCGACCCGCGGAAGAGGCCGACCGCGGCCGAGGC